CAUGACCAGAUAACGACUGACGUGUAUGGAAACGUUGAGGAUUCUAGUUAUAUUUCGCGUUUUGUAACAAAAAGAUGGCUCUCAAUAAGACAGUCAACCGUAUAUGCAGUUUGUGCUCUAAAAGCCCCAUUGGAUUACUGAAUAAUGUUGCUAAGAGAAAUAGCCAUUUUGUGUAUACUCCGGAUGCUAAUCUUCCGAUACAAGGUAAAACAGAAAAACUGAACAUGUUUCAAGCAAUAAACAACGCCUUAGACAUAACUUUGAGAACUGAUAAAACCGCCAUGGUCUUCGGAGAGGAUGUGGGUUUUGGAGGAGUCUUCCGCUGCACUGUCGGACUCAGGGAUAAGUAUGGUAAAGAGAGAGUUUUCAACACGCCAUUAAGCGAGCAGGGCAUUGCUGGAUUUGCCAUAGGAGUAGCCAAUAUGGGGUCCACAGCUAUAGCUGAGAUGCAAUUCGCUGAUUACAUCUUCCCUGCCUUCGAUCAGAUAGUUAAUGAGGCUGCCAAAAUGAGGUAUCGUAGUGGGGGACAAUUCGAUUGUGGGAAAUUGACCAUAAGGUCACCUGCAAUGGCUGUUGGACAUGGCGCUCUCUACCAUUCACAAAGUCCCGAAUCUUAUUUCGCACAUACACCUGGAUUGAAGGUUGUCAUACCACGAAGUGCCAUAAAAGCUAAAGGCCUUCUACUGAGCUGUAUCAGAGAUCCCAACCCCUGCAUAUUCUUCGAGCCUAAAAUUCUUUACAGAGCGGCUGUAGAGCAGGUUCCAGUGGAAGAUUACGAAUUACCAUUAGGAAAAGCCGAUGUGUUAACUGACGGAAAAGAUGUUACUUUGAUAGGUUGGGGUACUCAAGUCCACGUGCUGUUAGAGGUUGCGAAACUGGCAAAGGAGAGAUUCGAUGUCUCUUGUGAAGUUAUUGAUCUUGUUUCUAUUUUGCCAUGGGACACUGAAACUGUUUACAAGUCUGCCAGAAAAACUAGAAGAGUCAUUGUAUCCCACGAAGCUCCUCAGACUUGUGGAUUUGGGGCUGAACUUUGCUCAUCUAUACAGGAGGAAUGUUUCUUGCACCUCGAAGCGCCAGUAACUCGAGUUACAGGUUUUGAUACUCCUUUUCCACACAUUUUUGAGCCGUUUUACCUACCAAACAAAUGGAGAUGUUUAGAUGCUAUAGAGAAAAUAAUGAACUAUUAAAAAUAUUUGAAUCUCUAA